CCCGGCUGGCCGGCCGCGGGCCCCGGGGCGCGACUGCGGCGCGAUGCGGGCGGCCGCGGCGGCGUCUACGAGCACCUCGGCGGGGCGCCCCGGCGCCGCAAGCUCUACUGCGCCACCAAGUACCACCUCCAGCUGCACCCGAGCGGCCGCGUCAACGGGAGCCUGGAAAACAGCGCCUACAGUAUCCUGGAGAUCACGGCGGUGGAGGUGGGCAUCGUGGCCAUCAAGGGGCUCUUCUCUGGACGGUACCUGGCCAUGAACAAGAGAGGACGGCUGUACGCUUCG